CUUCGUUCAAGGUUGCUCUCACCAUGCAAACUGACGGUUGCGUGUAUUGUGAUUGUCACUAAUAUCUCAUGUGUAUAGAUCCAGUCGAUUCAAACAAAUACUAUCGAUGUGGGUGUAAAUCAUUUUGUUGAUAUUCCAAAUGUUAACAAUUCUGUAUCGCAAUACUGUUAUGACAAUAUCUAUCCGUUGAAUCAAUAUGCUAACGGUUAUAUAUCCAAUGUAAACGAAAGUAGUCUACAUAUACUUAAUUUAAAUCAAGACAUUCCUCCUUCACACGUUAUAUGUUCUUCAAGUGUUGAUUUAAGGCAUAUCAACAGCUAUCCAGUGUAUACAAUCCCUUCAUCAUCUUCAUUCUCUUUGGUCUCUCCGUCAAAUUUCUCAAAGAAAUUUUGUAUUCCUACAAGUCAUAAAACACCUGUCUCUGAAUUUCCGUCAUCGAGUGAUACAUAUAUUAGUUCGAGUCUUGUUUCUAAUAAUUUACAACCACAUCAUGAUUUUACCGAUGGAUUAUUCUACUGCCCUACAAAUAGUACAAAUUACCCCGUAACUAGUAUAACAUCCUGUCCACUCGAAUUUCCUACUGCAACAUUUACAGAGAACAACCAGUCGACAAAUAUUACUCAACCUUCCUCACCUUUUGUACAUAUUUAUUGUUCACCCUAUCACCAAGAAUAUUCUACCUUCGAUUAUCAUGGAUCUUAUUUCCCCUCGGUAACAAGCUCUUCCCAACACUCAUCCAUAUCAAGUCUUAACGACCAUUCGUUUACUGUUCCUGCGGAUCCUAUCACUCAGCCUUUUUUCUAUCCAGUUCAUUCCAACUGCUCGUAUAGUAUGGAUCAGUCAACUAGUGAACCUUCAAAUUACAUGCUGGACGUUGCUACGGGUAAUGGUGAUGAGGUAUGUGAUAAUAAUUGUUAUACAUUUCACACUUCAUUUGGUCUGUUUGGAGAUGAGACAAGCGAAAACAACUUGCAGCAUCUUCAUCAACACUCUGUAACAGAUUUAAAUAAUGUGGACAAAAUAAAUUCACAGGUUCAUCAGACAGAUCAACAGUUGUUAUCAUCAUCUGCAUCAUCGUCAUUCAUAGAGUCUUCAAUAUCAGAUAUUGAUUUGUACAAUUUAGAAGAAUUGUUAGCUAGGACAUCGAUUGCUGAUGCCUAUCUGGGACCUGUUAGAAAUAAGGAUGGGAAAUUCAUCCCCUUAGAUUCUGAAAGUCGUGCAAUUUUUAGCAAUAAUCUAACAUCUUUACCUUAUUCUUCAACAUCACUCGCAUUUUCUCCUCCGGGGAUACAAAUUAUUACAGAGAUGUGGUCUAUAUUCCUACGGGAUCGUCUAAGUCAAUGUAAUAACCGUAUACAUAACAUGUCCAUGGAUGUUCUACGUAAUUGUCUACAUGAUCAUGGCUUAAAUCAACUGGGCUGUGGAACUGUGUUAAAACGUCGCUUGCAAGAGUUUGUACGACGAGCACGUGUAGCUCAGUCAAUUGCUCAUAAUACUGAGAUCCAGUUCAGUGAUGAUGAUGAUGGUAAUGAUAAUUCUGAAGACGUUGAAAACAGUAUCGGUAAUGCUAAUCAUGAAAGCAGUGUUCUCGGUGAGGUGAAUUUAAACUCACAAAUAACUAACACUAGUGGAAAUGAUAAAAUUAAAUUGAAAAAAUCACCGAUCAAUGCAAUGACAAAAUUAUCAAAGCCGGUUAUACUGACACCAGAUACAUUUUAUUCAUAUCUGCUUAUAAUCGACUUAGAAGCUACCUGUGAAUCAAGGGAGAAAAUCAUCAGUGAUAAUGAUUAUCCACAUGAGAUCAUUGAAUUUCCUAUAUUAUUAUACAAUACAAGAUUACGUAAGUGUGUGAGUGUAUUUCACGCUUAUUGUAAACCGAAAUUACAUCCUGACUUGAGUGAAUUCUGUACAGAUCUAACUCAGAUUCAUCAAGUUCAGGUGGAUAAUGCUCAACCAUUUCCUCAUGUUUUAGUACAAAUUGAAGAGUGGUUGUUUAAGCAACAUCAGUUAGCUGACAUGAGAUGUGCUAUCGUCUGUGAUUGUAACGCUGACAUGAGUAAAUUUAUGCGUAUUCAGUGUCGUCUGGCUAAUAUACCUUUGCCUAGUUGGGCUAAUGUAUGGAUUAAUUUGACUAAAUCAUUUCGUACCUUCUACAAGUUUCCAGCAUAUUAUCGCAUAACAUUGAAUGUUAUGUUGCAUGAUUUAAAUUUAUCUUUUGUUGGUCAACGACAUCGUGGUCUAGAUGAUGCAAUUAAUAUACUACGUGUUGUACGUACAUUAUUGGCUGACGGAUGUCAGCUGCGUGUCAAUGAACGCAUCGACUUCAAUAAACCACCUUCCUUUGUCUCAUCUGUACCAAGGGCUGUAGCUGAAGUAACAUCAGGUGUAAUGGGUAGUAAACUAGUCCUGUUAUCAUCAUCUCCACGCAAAAGUAAACUGAAUAAUGGAAAUCGUAAUCAUGAAAAUCCAAAAGUAUCAUCAGCAUCUGCUAAUCUUGACGACAGUCAUCGUGAAUCGUUGUUGUGGUUGGCUAACGUUCAGAAAACACGAAUUCCUAGAGGUGACUAAAUAUGUUAACUUCUGGAUAAUAUUCUUUUCUAUCUUGCUAUGUACUCUCUCUCUCUCUUUUAGUUUCAAAAUUCUACUUCACAUUCUUUAUUUUAUUUUAUUUAAAAGAAAAUUUAUUCGCUCACACAAUUGUCCCAUUGCUCUCUUUUCAAGUUUGCAGUUUUUGUCACCCCUUAUAACUAUACUACUUUAUAUUUAAAUGAAUACUAUAAGUAAUACCUAAAGAUUAUUAGAGACUUUAACAUUUGUAAAAGUCAUAGAGGAAUUCAACGGGAUGUAAACGUAUCUAUCAUACAAGGGAUAGUUUUCUUUUUUUUGUAAUUUGGUUCUCCUUCUUUCCUUCCUUGUAUUUUUUAUUUUUAACUUUUGCUUUGUACCAAAAAAGCAAUGCUACCCAAUGUUUAAUUUAAUUAAAUUGAUUUGUAAAGGUAAUUGAAAAAAAUAAGGAAGGAAGGAAAAGAAUAUUACUUCCACAUUCUUUUGCUUUUUGUGAUCAAGUAUAUUUUAUUUUGUUGCUGAGUAGUAUAUACAUUGGAGUGGAUAAAAAAACAGAGGUUUCUGGAUGUCUGAUUUACUAUUUUACUCUUCUUCACGGUAUUAUUUUGUGUAUGCGUAAUUUGAUUACGUGUUCCCCCCCCUCCCCCUUUUUAUUUCACUCUGUCUCCUUUGUUCAAUAUUUUCGUAACAGUGGCGAUAAUUUUCAUUUCCUUGUAUGAGAUUAAAAGUGAGGUGUGUGUUUCGCUAUCUGUUGAAUACUAUUGACAGACAGAUUGUGUAUAUUGAAAGAUGAGCAUGUUUAUGCAUGUAUGACACAUGCUUAUAUUAUUAUAUAGAUAUAGAUAUAUAUACACAUAAGUGUAUAUCAUGAACUGUAUGUGUAUACAAAAGUGAAGAGUAGUCUAGUGUCUUCAACUUUCUACACAUAUUACAACAACAACUACUACUACUCUUUCAACUGUUUAAACUAUUAAUAUUAUUGCAAUUACUAUUGCUAUUAUGAUGAUUUAUUGAAAUAAAGAUUAAAGCUAUUAC